AUGGUGCCCCCCCCUCCUACCAACCAGCCCCAUAUCUGCCUGUCCACCCUACUGAUCAUGAGCAGUAUGGCCCUGAUCGAUGCCUAUCUGGUGGAACAGAACCACGGGCCCAGGAAGAUAGGUAUCUGUAUCAUGGUGAUGGUAGGGGACCUCUGCUUCCUCAUCGUGUUGCGGUACGUGGCGGUUUGGGUCGGGGCCGAGGUACGGACCGCCAAGCGAGGCUGUGCCAUGAUACUCUGGUUCCUCUAUAUCUUUGUCCUGGAGAUAAAGGUGUACUUUGUGUACCAGAACUACAAGGCUGACAGGAAGUCUCUGGAUGCUCUGGCCCGUAAGGCCCUGACCCUACUCCUCUCAGUCUGUGUCCCGGUGCUGUUUGUUGGUCUCGUGGCAAUAGACCAUAUGGAGUACGUACAGCCGUUCAAGAAGAAAGAGGAGCUGCGUAACAGGUUGUUCUGGGUGGUGGUGGACCUGCUAGAUAUCCUGGAUAUUCAGGCUAAUCUCUGGGAACCCCUGAAGAAAGGUCUCCCUCUGUGGGCUGAAGGACUGAUGUUCUUCUAUUGUUACAUCCUGUUGCUAGUCCUUCCCUGUGUAUCUCUUAGUGAGAUCUCCAUGCAGGGCAUCAAUAUAGUCCCACACAAGAUGAUGCUAUAUCCUAUCCUCAGCCUGGUCACCAUUAAUAUUUUAACCUUAUUGAUCAGAGGCUGUAACAUGCUGCUGUAUAGGGAUGCCCGGGUCAGUGGGAUCCUGAUAGGGAAGAAUGUGUUAGCUAUCAUACUAAAGACCUGUAGCUUUGUCCAGUACAGGAAGCAGUUACCGAACACUCCUCCUGCUUUCGGGUUGGAACGACAGAGGAACUCUGUACCACAUCACCAUGGUAACCAGGGUCUUGGACGCCCUGUUUCUAUAGUGAUGACCGCUCACCCGCAGGUGGUCCUCCCGGACCAGACAGCCCUGCCCCUCCCUCUGCCAGAGGUCACAACUACAUAUCAACAUACAUGACUGAGACAAGGAUCAUACCAUGUAUGUAUGACCCUCAGGAUAUUAUACACGGGACACACAGGAACAUCUGACUGACCAAAAUCUACAUGGAUGUACCAAUAUCAUGUAUGACCAUCAGGACUCUACAGGGCAAUGGUCAACAUCAUGUGAAAAACCUUGUAUGGAUAUUGUCACUGAUCAAAGGGACGCAGGAUCCCUAUGGAGUAUAGCGCAAAGACAUGGAGAAUGUUUAUGAAGAACCUUGAUACAAAGAAGAUUAUAAUACCAAUCUGAAUGUAUAUUAUCAUUGGAACACAGUGGAAACUCUCCUUAAGGAUAAUAUGGUGACAGGGACAACACCUUCUAGUGUAAAUAACAGUAUCUCUAGACUCUUAAUAUUUGCCCUGUGGAUUCAGAGAACAGUAUCUCCAGACUGUGCAAAUUAAAGACUUUCCUCUGUGGAUUCAAAUAACAGGAUCUCUAGACUCUGUUAAAGACAACACAUUCUGGUGUAAAGAACAUGAUCUCUAGACUCUGUU